AUGAAGCAUCCGAAAGCAUUGAUAGAUGUAACCUCAGCUGGUGAUUACGGCUUUAUACAUGGCGACAGAAAUGUGAUUACUAAUAAAGUCUAUUAUGGUGAUCGCGCUUCACAAAUAGUUUCCACGCUUCAAGAAAGUCAAGAGCCUGUAAUUGAUGAUACGAUCGGGCAAGUACGGACUGAUAAUUUAUCGACCAGUAUCGCUUCGAGAAACGUAGAUUCUCUGCCCCCUGUAAAAUCGGAAUCAAAUACACCGGAGAUUAAUCAGCAGCAAUCACGAGAUCGGUUCAAAUUACUGAAUGAUCAACAUUCACAAGAAUAUGACAUAUCGUCGCAAUCUCCGGAAUUGCAAAAUUACACGCAGGAAGAUUCUGUUUCGAAUACGACGGAUCGACUUCAGCAGCAAUGGCGGAUUACUCGGUGCAUCCCUCAAACGCUUGCGAUCACUUCCAUGAAGCAGCCAUGUUCUCGUCGCGAAUAUCACACGUGGAAAAUGCCCGAAAUAGAAAAUCACAUAAAAUGCUAUGGAUUAUCUCGAUUCGAUGGGUUGACUUGUUCCGGAAGUUCGAGCAAUCAAGGGUCUCGACAUUCUCCAUUGUGUCUAUCUUCUGUACCACAUCGCCAUUUUUCCUCGAAAAGUUGCAUCGUGGUUCAGAAUUCUGUUCAAAAAAUCGAAACUUCGAAAAAGGGAUUACCGAUCACAGGCCGCGUGUCCCUGACAAAACUGCAAUCAUUUUCUUGCGACGCUUCGAAAAAAUCCUCCGAAGAGAAUGAUGAGUGUAAAUCGCAACGAAAACCGGCACGCGAAGUUGAGAACGACGACUGUGGCACGCGUUCUCGGAAGGUCGCGAAAAAUCGUUGCCGAGACGAAAACGAGAAGAAGUGCGGAAAAACUCAACAGAAAGACGUCUGCGGUCGGAAUAGCCGCGUCUCGUCUCGAAAAAGCACGACGUGUGAAAAAGAACAGGAGAAGGAAUCUUGCAAACAUAACACAUGUCCCGAACUGCUGAUACGGCAAUGCAAUUGGGAGAGGGAACUGGACGAGACUGGUCAAAAGCGCGACGCGAAAGAACGAGCUACGCAAUCGAAAGAUCCUAAUUGUUCGCAAAAAAAGGACAUUGACACGAGAUGUUGCCAAAGACAACGAUCGAAAUCGUGCACAGGACGCAAAGAUUACGAGGAACCUUCGCGCGUAGCUUGCAAGAAUUCAUCAAAAAGAAAGAAUGAUUGUCGCGAAUCGAAAUCCAAUGAGAAGCGAUGUGCAAAGUCACUGCCAGAACGAUGUGCCGAGUAUAACCCAAAGCGAUCCGAAAGCGGUCGGAAAAGAAAAUCUUCUCGGGUCAGCGAUAAAAACUGCGGCAAGAUAAACGAAAAACGGCGUUACUCGCAACAAUCAAUUUUCUCCGUUCCGCGAGAUCAUAGAUCUUUCUCCACCUUGAUUCCCGAUAUCGUUCUCGACACGAACGUGAGAAAAACGACGAAGGCACUUUACUCUAGCAGCGAAGACGAGAAGAAGGAUCUGAAACAGAGCUUGUCUUGCGAGGAACAAAAGAGAAAGUGCGGGACCACAAAAAAAGAUGAAACUAAAAAAAAAUGUGUGAAAGGCCCAGCCAAGUGCUUGUCGAGAAAAUCGAUCGUCGACAAGAUGCAGAUCUGUCAGUCUACGCAAAAAGAUCAAGACAAAAUGUUACGCGAACCCACGCAAAAAUCCUGCGAUCACACGGAAUACUGUUCUAACAGAAAGUUGGAAUAUAUUACAAAAGACAAAGAGCCGAAAGAAAAAUUGGCGAAAGAACAGCUAUCAAGUACCGGAAAAGAUAAGAAGCCUAUGGAAGAAUCAAUAAAAGAACAAAUAGAACGCGAAUAUAAAGAGAUAGAUGAAUGCAAAAAGAUUAUAGAGCAGAUUAAAGUUAAAGAGCCAAAAGAGAAAAAGGAUAAGAUACCCAAGAAGACUGAUACAGACUACAAACCAACGGGUUUAGAUCGCGUAAUCAGUCCAUGUAAACAAGAAGAUAUAAAAGAUACUAAAAAGUUUAUAAGUACGCCGAAUGAGCCAUUUUUUUCUAAUUUUAUGGAUACCGCUUACAAAAUGCUGCGCGUUCGAUCUAAUAUCAUUAAUGGCGAGAUUCCAAUCAUCCCCAAAGAUAUCAAACUGAUGAAUAUAAUGUUUGAUCGAUCAUUCUCUACCACAAAAGUGAGUUAUCAGAAUGAUUUUGCUGUCAAACGAACUACGGGUCAUAGUAAAACGGUUCAGAAUUGUUCUGCAAAUAAUAGCGAUUUUAUUCACGGGGAUGAAUUGCCGAAUUAUGUCGAAACAGAGAAUGACGAUGAAGAAGAGGACGAGUAUGAUUGGAUCAUUGGUCGACCGACUUCCGGAAUCAAUUGAAUCGUAACUUCAAAGACGGUAACUCAAUUAUUCUCCGACUCGGACGAGCAUUCAAUUAUUCCCCGAAAGAGACGGACGCGAAACGUGGUGCGAGCAACGCACCUCACCGGGGUGUUUCUCGCGCCUUCACGAGAUGUCUUUGUAGCACGACGGAGGCGUGAAUGGCGCGGUGGGCCAGGAGGCCCAAUUACGAGUUUAUUCAGUCGUCGCCACGGGGCACCGCGGUGCCGCUCGUAGUCACCUACCUGGCGCCUGUCCCUUUAUCUCUAAGGGUGAACCGGGAGAGUCCCUCAGACAUCACAUUAUGGUGUCAACGACUUCAUCGUGGACCACAAACCGCUGGCAUCCGUGUAUCGGGAAUGAAUGGCGACGCGCCACGGGUGGCAGGGGGGUGCGUACAAUCCGAAUAAAAUGUAUCAAUUCCGUCAUCGUGAUGCCGAGCUUCCUUUCCUGGAGAUUCGAUUGUGCGCUUUUCGGAGGAAGGAAAUCUCACGCAACGGACAUUCUUCUAUUAUUAUGCGACGAGCAACGUGUGAUACACAU